CUCUUGUUGGUGUUUCAUGGGCAGCACAACUGGCCCUUUUUAUCUCUGUUGUAGAUCCUUGAAGGACAGCAAGGCCUAUGUGACCAUUCUCUAAAAUAUUUAAGCUCGAGAAUCACAGAGCGGAAGCUGCAAGGCUCCUGGCUGCCUGCCAGCCGAGGGAAUCUGGAGAAACCAUUCCUGGGGCCGCGUGGCCCCGUCGUGCCCUUGUUCUGCCCUCGGAAUGGCCUUCACUCGGCACAUCCUGAGAACAGCCCGCUGAAGCCCAGGGUCGUGACCGUGGUGAAGCUGGGUGGGCAGCGCCCCCGAAAGAUCACCCUGCUCCUCAACAGGCGAUCAGUGCAGACAUUCGAGCAGCUGUUAGCUGACAUCUCAGAAGCCCUGGGCUCUCCCAGAUGGAAGAAUGACCGUGUGAGGAAACUGUUUAACCUCAAGGGCAGGGAAAUCAGGAGCGUCUCUGAUUUCUUCAGGGAAGGGGAUGCUUUCAUAGCUAUGGGCAAAGAACCACUGACACUGAAGAGCAUUCAGGUGGCUGUAGAAGAAUUGUACCCCAACAAAGCCCGGGCCCUGACACUGGCCCAGCACAGCCGUAUCCCUUCUCCAAGGCUGAGGAGCAGGCUGUUUAGCAAGGCUCUGAAAGGAGACCACCGCUGUGGGGAGACCGAGACCCCCAAAAGCUGCAGCGAGGUUGCAGGAUGCAAGGCAGCCAUGAGGCACCAGGGGAAGAUCCCCGAAGAGCUUUCACUAGAUGACAGAGCAAGGACCCAGAAGAAGUGGGGGAGGGGGAAACGGGAGCCGGAACCCAGUAGCAAGCUGCCCAGGGAAGCCACUCUAGAAGAGAGGCACGCAAGGGGAGAGAAGCAUCUCGGGGUGGAGAUUGAAAAGACCUCGGGUGAAAUUAUCAGAUGUGAGAAGUGCAAGAGAGAGAGGGAGCUUCAGCAGAGCCUGGAGCGCGAGAGGCUUUCUCUGGGGACCAGUGAGCUGGAUAUGGGGAAGGGCCCAAUGUAUGAGGUGGAGAAGCUGGUGAGGACCAGAAGCUGCAGGAGGUCUCCCGAGGCAAAUCCUGCAGGUGGGGAGGAAGGGUGGAAGGGUGACAGCCACAGGAGCAGCACCAGGAAUCCCACUCAAGAGCUGAGGAGACCCAGCAAGAGCACGGACAAGAAAGAGGACAGAGGCCCAGAGGAUCAAGAAAGCCAUGCUCAGGGAGCAGCCAAGUCCAAGAAGGAACUUGCGGAAGUUCUUCCUGUCACAGAGGAAGGGCUGAGGGAGGUGAAGAAAGACACCAGGCCCAUGAGCAGGAGCAAGCAUGGUGGCUGGCUCCUGAGAGAGCAUCAGGCGGGCUUUGAGAAGCUCCCCAGGACCCGAGGAGAAGAGAAGGAGGCAGAGAAGGAGAAAAAGCCAUGUAUGUCUGGAGGCAGAAAGACAACUCUCAGAGAUGACCAACCUGCAAAGCUAGAAAAGGAGCCCAAGACGAGGCCAGAAGAGAACAAGCCAGAGCGGCCCAGCGGUCGGAAGCCGCGACCCAUGGGCAUCAUUGCCGCCAAUGUGGAGAAGCAUUAUGAAACUGGCCGCGUCAUUGGGGACGGGAACUUUGCUGUCGUGAAGGAGUGCAGGCACCGCGAGACCAGGCAGGCCUAUGCGAUGAAGAUCAUUGACAAGUCCAGACUCAAGGGCAAGGAGGACAUGGUGGACAGUGAGAUCUUGAUCAUCCAGAGCCUCUCUCACCCCAACAUCGUGAAAUUGCAUGAAGUCUAUGAAACAGACACGGAAAUCUACCUGAUCCUGGAGUACGUGCAGGGAGGAGACCUUUUUGACGCCAUCAUAGAAAGUGUGAAGUUCCCGGAGCCUGAUGCGGCCCUCAUGAUCAUGGACUUAUGCAAGGCCCUCGUCCACAUGCACGACAAGAGCAUUGUCCACCGGGACCUCAAGCCGGAAAACCUUUUGGUUCAACGAAAUGAGGACAAAUCUACUACCUUGAAAUUGGCUGAUUUUGGACUUGCAAAGCAUGUGGUGAGACCUAUAUUUACUGUGUGUGGGACCCCGACUUAUGUAGCUCCCGAAAUUCUUUCUGAGAAAGGUUAUGGACUGGAGGUGGACAUGUGGGCUGCCGGUGUGAUCCUCUAUAUCCUGCUGUGUGGCUUUCCGCCAUUCCGCAGCCCUGAGAGGGACCAGGACGAGCUCUUUAACAUCAUCCAGCUGGGCCACUUUGAGUUCCUCCCCCCUUACUGGGACAAUAUCUCUGAUGCUGCCAAAGAUCUGGUGAGCCGGUUGCUGGUGGUAGACCCCAAAAAGCGCUACACAGCUCAUCAGGUUCUUCAGCACCCCUGGAUUGAAACGGCUGGCAAGACCAAUACAGUGAAACGACAGAAGCAGGUGUCUCCCAGCAGUGAGGGUCACUUCCGGAGCCAGCACAAGAGGGUUGCGGAGCAGGUAUCGUAGUCACCGCCUCGGGAAUCUGUUCAGCCCCCAGUUCUGCUCAAGGACAGAAGAAAGGAUGGAAGUUUGAGAGAAAAACAAUGAAAGAGGCUUCUUCACAUAAUUGGCGAAUCAGAGGGAGAGACACUCAGUGCAUUUUAAAGCAUAUUAAAAAAAUUAAGUAAAUGUUAAAUGUCAACAUAUUUUUAGAUUUGUAUAUUUAAAGCCUUUAAUACAUUUUUGGGGGAUAAGCAUUGUCAUCAGUGAGGAAUUUUGGUAAUAAUGAUGUGUUUUGCUUCCUCUUUGUAACCAAGUUUAUUCUGUACUACAGGAGUGGUGCUUACCAGGGUCUAAACUCCCCCUGUGAGAUUAAUAAGGUGCAUUGUGGUCUUUCUGUGUUAAUAAAAUGUGCUCUGAAUAACAGAAGUGGGCCUGUAUUCCAAUUACUUCUUUGUGCUGGUGAUGACGGCCAGGGAAUGAAUGAUCUCCAGAGGCUGAUAUGACUACAUAUAGAUGUGAAGGACACUUGAUUAGUUGACAAGACCUGUUUAUUUAGGAUGUACUACUCUUGGUCUCUAGCAUUUCAGUCUUACCAAAAAUGAGUUUUGGUGCAGUCUGAGACAAGGAAAGAAAAAACCAAACUAUUGAAUCAUUCUUGCUCCUGCAAUACCAUUAUACUGCUUUUCAGCCCAAUUAUCCCUGAGCCUGAGUCAUUUCUAUGUAAAGUCAGGCACUUGGGCUGUGACUGUGUUAACAUUUUCAGAUCACGAGGGAGCCAUUUAGUACAUUAAUAUGUCAGAAAUGCAGUAAAUGGAUUACACAGGGACUUGAAGGAGCUCAGAGUUCAAGCACAUUCCUACCUGCAGGGCAUACACCCAGGACACAUUCCAGAUUUCUGUGCUGAAAUAUUAGUCUUUGCAGAUGACUCUGGGAGUAUGUGUGGGCUGACAGCAAAACAUAUCCUAAUAUUUCCCAAAUUUACCUUCCUAGAUUAUGAAUGACCUGGUCAGUAGGCCACAAAUCCAGUCAAGAGUGUGGCUUUCUCACUUCUACCUUCCCUAACAGUUUUGGAGCCAUCUGGGUGGAGGGGUGUAUUAGUUAGGAAAACAGGGACAGUACUAGAGAAUUCAACAUAAGGAAUUGCUUAAUCAGGUUUUGGAAAAUGGAAAAAGCACAAAAGAGGCUCUGGUAUAAUUUAGAGAUAGUAACUGCAGGAAGUGGCUCCCAUUCUUAGGUGGAGAACCAAGGGAAGAAGUUGGGGUUAUUAGAACCUAAGAGAUUGAAGGAGAAAUUCCUUGUAGUGGACACUGUAGUAUGCCACUUAGGUCCUCCAAGACUGAAGGGAAUAAGCUGCUUGGGGUGCUGCUGGAUGAUGGCCCUCAGCUUUCAACCCUGUACAGGAAUUACCCUCCACUGGAAGAGACACCUUUCAGCUCCCUCCUGAAGCAGGCCAUAUCAAAUGACUAGUCCAUGUAGGGUAUGGCGGCUCAGCUCCUUUGUCCCAAAUAGGGACAAUACUGAAGGGCCAUCCAACUACUGACCUGCUCAUGGGGGUUGGCUGAACUGUUGGCUGAGACUGCAUCACAGCCUACCUUUUCCCUUGCCCAAUCCUGCUUCUUUCCUUUCCCUUCCAGAGGUAAUGAUCCUGAGACCACUCCCUAAUAAGCCUUUUGGAUGCUAAUCUGGAUUUCAGAGUUGGCUUCUCAGGAAACCAAACCCUUGACACUCCCUAGAAACUUGAAACCACAUCAAAGAAGUACCAGCUGGUGCUUUAACCUCAGAAGCUUGGAGGAGGGGCCCUGUGGGGCUGGGACUCAGACCCCUGAGGAGAGGGUGCUGCCCAGCAGGCAGUGUAAUGGGACUCAUUCUGAAAACGUGAAGAGGCUGGAAGCUGGAUUCAGUUGCUACUAGAACAUUGUUUGAUAAAGACACCAGUAACCUUCAUUUCACUAAAUCCAAAAGAGAAUUUUCAAUCUUCAAAUAAGCAUCACUUGACCCUACUGACCACUCUCUCUUUGAGUAAUUUCUCCUGUUGACUACCAUGAUGUCACAUUUUUCUGUUUUUUUUUUUUUUUUCUCCUAUACCUUUGGAUCUCCUGUAUAGAUUCAGUCUUCCUCCAGUUGCUAAAAGCUGUAGUUCCAUCCUUAGUGGCUAGGGAAAUGCAAAUUAAAAUCACUAUGAAAUAUCACCAUACACCCAUUAGAAUAGCUAAAAUUAAGAGACUAAAAUGAAAAGACUGACCAUCCUAGCGAGGAUGCAGAGUGACUGGAAUUCCCACACCUUGCUACUGGGAGUAUAAAAUGAGACUUCUCCUUUGGAGAACGGUUUGGUAGUUCCUUUAAAAGUUAAACAUGUACCUACCAUAUGAAAUUGCACUUCUAGAUAUUUACGCAGGAGAAUUUCAAGCAUAUGUCCUAUGAAGACUUCACAAUAUUUAUAGGUGCUUUAUUUGUAGUAGCCCCAAAGUGGAAACAGCUUGAGUGUGCAUGAUUUGGUGCAUGGAUAAACAGAUUGUAUGGCCACACAAUGAAUAACAGCCACAAAAAAGGGAUGAACUAUUCAUACACGAACAACAUGGAUGGACCGCCAAAGAAUUAGGCUGAAUGAAAGAAGAAAAAAAAGACUACAUUUUGAUUAUUUCACUUACGUACUAUUCCAGAAAAUACAAGUGAAUCUACAGUGACAGAAAGUGAUCAGGGGUUUCCUGGAGAUGGAAAUGGGGAGAGCGGGGAGGAGGGAUUGCAAGGGAACACUUGGUAACUUUGGGGAUGAGGGACGUGUUCGUUUUCUUGAAUGUAAUAAUGGAUUUAUGGGGGUAUAUAUGUCAAAACGUACCAAAUUGUAUACUUUUGCUAUGUGCAGUUUAUUGUGUGUCAAUUAUACCUCAAUAAAGUUGUUAAAAAUAUA